AUGAAGGAAAGAGGCUGGGUCUUUAUUAGGCUUUGUGUGAGCCGCCUUUUCCAUCCCUGCAAUAAGGCAGCAGACCAAGAUGGCAGCGACGGCGGAAGGGGAGGGUACAGCUUGUGGAUGGCUGGGCCGGAAACAGAGGAGUCAGGUGUGAUGUUAACAGGACCGGAGGAGGGAGGCGGUGCUUCCGUGGCAGCAGGGAAGGAAGUGAAUGGGGGAGGAGAGCCCGGAACAACUGGAGCUGAGGACAAAGGAAUUAGAGAUGGCGGGGUCGGGGGAAGAGCUGGACAUAGGAGGGGCGAGACAGGAGGCAAGGUUUUAGGUUUUCUGUUUAGGGGACACUUACCAAUCCGAAGGUCGGUGAUGAAUGCAGUGCUGGCGUUCAAAAAAGUGGGCAAAGGCCUUAAGGGAGAAGAGGAUAGACGAUGUAUUGGAGGAGGGAGGAGUGACUAUGCAGCUGAAGGCUUCGUGCAGUGGCAGGAUUUGAAGUGGAUGGAAGGAUUUUCAAGCGUGAGAGCUGGGGAUUGCGGAGCAGAACUCUUGGCCACCUUGCUAGGGAAGAGCCCUGCUUUCUCCCUCAGACACCUGCACUGCACCCGAAACUUCAUCCACUUGAACCUGUUUGCAUCCUUUAUCCUGCGAGCACUGUCCGUUUUCAUCAAGGACGCAGCCCUCAAGUGGAUGUACAGCACAGCUGCCCAGCAGCACCAGUGGGAUGGGCUCCUCUCCUACCAGGACUCUCUGGGCUGCCGCUUGGUGUUCCUGCUCAUGCAGUACUGUGUGGCAGCCAAUUACUACUGGCUCCUGGUGGAAGGCGUGUACCUGUACACGCUGCUGGCCUUCUCGGUCUUCUCUGAGCAACGCGUCUUCUGGCUGUAUGUGAGCAUAGGCUGGGGUGUCCCUCUGCUGUUUGUUAUCCCCUGGGGCAUUGUCAAGUACCUCUAUGAGGAUGAGGGCUGCUGGACCAGGAACUCCAACAUGAACUACUGGCUCAUUAUUCGGCUCCCCAUUCUCUUUGCGAUUGGGGUGAACUUCCUCAUUUUUGUCCGGGUCAUCUGCAUUGUGGUGUCCAAACUGAAGGCCAAUCUCAUGUGCAAAACGGACAUCAAGUGCAGGCUUGCCAAGUCCACGCUGACCCUCAUCCCCCUGUUGGGGACCCAUGAGGUCAUCUUUGCCUUCGUGAUGGAUGAGCAUGCCCGGGGAACCCUGCGCUUCAUCAAGCUGUUCACGGAACUCUCCUUCACCUCCUUCCAGGGGCUGAUGGUGGCCAUCCUGUACUGCUUUGUCAACAAUGAGGUCCAGCUGGAGUUUCGGAAGAGCUGGGAGCGCUGGCAGCUCGAACACUUGCAUAUCCAGCGGGACAGCAGCAUGAAGCCCCUCAAGUGUCCCGCCAGCAGCCUGAGCAGUGGGGCCACAGUGGGCAGCAGCGUGUACGCAGCCACUUGCCAGGCCUCCUGCAACUAAGACUCAGAUGCCCGCCUGCCCUAUGUCCUUGCUAUCCGUUGGGCGGCCAUUCCGGGUGGGAGAGACCCUCC